CAGGGGAGGGAGCGCUCCUCUCCUUCUCUCUGCAGCUUUUUCUUCCCCACCCUUUUCCUCCCAAAAGCAAAACCACCCGCUCUUCAAAAGGGGGGGCGGGGGAGACGGGAAGCGAUCACCGGGUCCCUUUUCAGCCCUGACCAAUUUUGAAGCCCAGCUACACUUUCCUUGCAAGAGAGUCCGAUUAUAGCAAAGCAGCCGCAGCCUUCCCCCUCCGGCUAAUUCGGCAACCACGCACUAGCGCUCCCGCAGGAGCUGCACCCCGAUGAUCACCGGUGGCAGGCCGGGCUGCGCCCCAAAAGCUCUGCUGAGCGGGGGUGAGGGGCGAUGCAGGAUUUGCUGGGAGGAUGCUCCCUCCUCGCCCCCGGGGCACCAACUUUAAGGAGAAGUCCCGGGGUUGCAGCCUCCCUGCCUCUCCCCUCAGUGCAUUUAACUUAAUGCACCAGGACGGGCCCCAGCCAGCAGCCCCUCUGCCCCCCGACUUCCUUCUCUUCGCCCCGCAGCAGCCCGGGGUGCCGGCUGGUUGGCGGUCCCGGUGGAGUCCGCGCUGCAGCGUGUCUCUGUGCGGUGCGGCGGGGAAGCAGGAGCCCGGCAUGUGGCGUCCCCUUGCACCAUGAGAUACAGCGGGGGCAGCAGCAGCAGCAGCAGCAGCCGCCCCAGCAGGAAGGCGGCGGCGGCCAGAGACCCGGGCUUGUCGUGUGCGAGGACCAGUUUGCCGGCUCCCGAGCCUGGCCCCUUGCGAGAGUGGAGCAGCCGCUGCCGCCGCAGCGGCACCGGGAGGCACCACAAAAGCGGCGGCAUCAAGCCCAGCAGCAGCCGGUGUCGGAGCGGCCGCGGCUCCCGCGCUCAGGUAGCCACAGCGGACAGCAGCAGCAGCGGGGCUAAGCCGGCCCGCCUCCCCCAGCACCCCAGAAAAAGCUAUUUAGACAAUCUCAUGGAUGAAAAUGAGAAAGACAGGGCAAAGAGGGCUUCCCGUAACAAGUCUGAAAAGAAGAGACGUGACCAAUUCAAUGUUCUCAUCAAAGAGCUCAGCUCCAUGCUUCCAGGCAACACCCGUAAAAUGGACAAAACUACAGUGCUUGAAAAAGUCAUUGGCUUUCUGCAGAAACACAAUGAAGUCUCAGCACAGGCAGAGAUUUGUGAAAUUCAACAAGACUGGAAGCCUUCAUUUCUCAGCAAUGAAGAAUUCACCCAGCUGAUGUUGGAGGCAUUAGAUGGCUUCAUUAUAGCAGUCACCACAGAUGGAACCAUUGUAUAUGUUUCUGACAGUAUUACACCUCUACUUGGACAUUUACCUUGUGACAUCAUGGAUCAGAAUUUGUUAAAUUUCCUCCCAGAACAGGAACAUUCAGAAGUUUAUAAAAUAUUAUCUUCUCGUAUGCUUCUUGCAGAUUCUGCUUCAUCAGAUUCCCUAAAGACUGACAAUGAUUUAGAGUUUUACUGUCAUCUUCUGAGAGGAAGUUUGAACCCGAAGGAAUUUCCAACAUAUGAAUACAUAAAAUUUGUAGGAAAUUUUUGGUCUUACAGCAAUGUGCCUAAUUCCACCUGUAACUGCUUUGAUGGUGCUGUUCCACAGGCUUAUAGAACAUCUCUAGGAAAACAAGUCUGUUUUGUUGCUACUGUUCGACUGGCAACACCUCAGUUUUUAAAGGAAAUGUGCAUAGCUGAAGAACCUUUAGAGGAAUUCACUUCAAGACAUAGUCUGGAAUGGAAAUUCUUAUUUCUGGAUCACAGAGCGCCGCCUAUUAUAGGAUACUUGCCUUUUGAAGUGCUGGGUACUUCUGGCUAUGAUUAUUACCACAUAGAUGACCUAGAACUCUUAGCAAGGUGCCAUGAACACUUGAUGCAGUUUGGCAAAGGAAAGUCUUGUUGUUACCGGUUUCUGACCAAAGGACAGCAGUGGAUCUGGCUGCAGACCCAUUACUAUAUCACCUACCAUCAGUGGAACUCCAAGCCAGAGUUCAUUGUAUGCACACACACCGUAGUAAGUUAUGCAGAUGUUCGAGUGGAAAGGAGACAAGAACUGGCCUUGGAAGCUGCACCCUCAGAAACACUAAAGGACGGUGGCUUAGGCUUGAAUCCCGAACAGCACUUUAAUGCACUUCAAAUAGGCAUCUCAGUUCUCAACACUAGUCGGACACCCUCUGUAUCAUCUAGAAGCUCACGCAAAUCUUCCAACACACCCAUGUCUGACCCUGCAUCCACACCAACAAAACUGAUCACAGAGUCUAACGUUCCCUCCUUGCAAAGAACACCCAGCAUACAGCAGGAUUCAUCCAUGCAAAGACUCAGUCAACCUGUCACUAUUCAGGCAUCUUUGCCUUCUCAGCCAUCAUGUGAGCUUCUCCCACAGCAGCUGCUGGCCCAAGCAGCUUUGCAAAAUCAGCCUACAUCUAUGGCACAGUUCUCGGCACAAUUUAACAUGUUCCAGACUAUCAAGGAACAGCUGGAGCAGCGAACUCGGAUCCUGCAGGCCAACAUUCGGUGGCAGCAGGAAGAGCUCCAUAAAAUACAGCAACAGCUCUGCUUGGUCCAGGAUUCCAGUAUACAGAUGUUUUUACAGCAGCCAACGGUGUCCCUGAGCUUUAGCAACAUACAGCAGCCAGAUCCUCAGCAGCUACAGCAGAGGUCAAGGGUCAUUUCUCAGCAGCAGCUUAUCCCCAGUCCUCAACUUCAAGGGCAAGUUGCAUCUUCCCAACCAGCAAACCAGCAAAUAUUAAGAGAAGGGAAUGUGGUAUCAAGCCAGAAUCAGAAAUCGAUGAGAAGUGCACAAGUAAUGCAGAACACCAGUCACUCAUCUAGCAGCCUAGCUUCACAAUUUACCAGUUCUGCUGUGCUCCCACAGGCUCCAUCUGCUGCUAUAGCACAGGAUAGCAACCAGUGUCAUGCUAGUCCAGAUUUCAGCCAGGACCGACAACUGAGACUGUUGCUCAGCCAGCCUAUUCAGCCAAUGAUGCCUGGUUCCUGUAAUUCAAGACUCGCUUCAGAUAUCAGUGUGGCUGGACGCCAGGCUAAAUAUUCUCAAAACCAACAAUUGUUUCAAAGUCUGGAACUGCAAACUUCCAGCAGCAGUUCACCUAUAGUGCUGAUGGGACAAGCAGUGUUACAUCCAGGGUUUUCUGCCUCACAGCCUUCUCAGACAUCAUCUCUGCAACCUAUGCAACUCCAGCAACAGCAGCAGCAUUGCUACCUUCAGGUGCAGACACCAAGUCCUUUACACAGUGAGCAACCCGAUUCUUUGCUCCUGGCAUCCUACUCACAGCUGCAAGGAAAUAUAGGAUACCAUCAUCCACACCAGCAGCCACUGCCACUUGCUUCAAGAAGAACCAGUAGCUUGUCAGAAUCAUCAAAUCUACCACAGCCACUAUGAUAGUCCCACAUCAGCACAAUCAAUGCACGAUUAGCUAUAACCAAUAGACCUGUGGGGCAGGAGAGAAGAAAUGACGGAACCUACAAUUUUGACUUUUGCACAUACAUUCAUUUCAAAGCUCCAUGGCAGUAGCAGACCACAGAGUGCGGACUGCAGCAGACAGUGUAACGGAAAAGGAGUUGGAUUCAGUUUGCACUGUUUCAUGACAAUAUUAUAUAUCAUCAGACUGAGUAAAAUAAACACGAAUGCUAUCCUGUGCGAACUCCAUCACUGAUUACUGUGCGGCAGGAGAACUUUCUUGUUGGUACAUCAUUCUGAGAGCACGCUGAUUCCUAAAGACUGUGAACAGACACAUGAGGUACUUGGCCUACACUGUUUCAGUUCAUCUUUUGUGUAAGAAAAGCAAUGGAACAAAAAUCUAUAGAGCAGAGAACAAGAGAUUAUUUUUAUUAUGAUUAUUAUCGUUUUGCACAACUGCACAGAAGAUAUAACCCUAGGCACUUUCUAUAAAGAGAGGUUUGUGUCAUUAUUCUGGUGGCCAGACUGGUACAUCCAAUUAAACAGAAAGCCCAGUCACAGUUAAAAAUGCUACACAAUCCAUACCCCUUGAUUUAUAACCUAAAGGUAUUAAAGCAGUUUACCCUACCAGCUUUCUGAUUAAAAACAAAAAACACUGGACUGUUUCCUGUUUACUCUGUGAAUUUUAACUGCAAAGGAGAACUAAAAA